CGGCCUGCGGGCCGCCGUAGGGAGGCGGGUGUUGCUGCUGAUCAUGACAGUGGAACCUAAGUACGGUAUAACCGUUUGAACACGGCGCUUCUCAUCAUGGCUGAGCCGAGUGUGAGUCAAACAAAGGAGAGCAGAUUAUCAGCUGAUGUUGAACCAUUUGUGCCAAAGCAGCAAGCAGUAGAAAUGAGAUGGACAGAAUCUGCUUCAUUGCCCAGAUAUUUAACAACCUGCUAUCCUUUCGUUCAAGAUCCUUAUGUGGAUGGCCUGUUUUUAAAAAGAAACUGCAACAAAUGAGGCAACAUUUACAAGAAUCAGAGAAUGGCUGCAGUAAAUUUUCCCAGAAUUUUGCAGAAUUGCACACAUCCUAUCCAGUUAUGUCAUCUCACUUACCUGUGGAUUAUUUUUCAUAUUAUUCAUAUAAACAAUGUGUGGAAUCACCUUUGAAUCCAUUUGCACAAGCAUCUUUAUACUCUGAGGAUAUUUGCCCUUCGAAACAAAAGUACAGUGGGAGUAAGAAGAAGAAGCAGCAUGUCCAACAGGACUCCAGUGCAAAAAUAAUCGCUCCUUCUCAGCCUUCAAAGGAAGCAAGAUCGAGAAAGGAAUUAAGAAACCAGGGGCAAAAUAUAAAUGAAUUAUCAGAAACGGGUGAACAAUUGCCACAACCUCAUGUAUCUAGAGAUAAUAUAACCAAAAGGGGGAACAAACAGGUUAACGAACAGCAGCACAGCAAAUGUAAGCCACCUCAGAAAAUAUUAAAUGAACUUGAGCCUAAGACUGAUAACACAGCUAAAGUCUCAUCAAGAGAUUUGCCCGAAAUGCAGAGUGCAGUAGUAAAGCAAUGUAGCCAUGGUCUCAAAACAUUUCAAGAUUCGAGUGAAGUUUCUAAAGAGUCUGUCAAAGUAUGGCCUGUGGAUGAUACAUCAAAGGCGGAUGAAGCAUUGCAAACAUUUUCCUCAUCUGGAUUUCCUGUGAAUUCAGAAAAAUGCACUCUCUCUGGUUCCACCACUACCACAGGUUCAGUGGUCAUGUCCUCUUUGUCUGUAUCAUCGAUUGCCACUCCACCUGUGUUGUCGUGGGCCACAAUUGUUUCACAAGCACCUAAGAGACCAGUUCUCAGUUCAGCUUCACCAAAGACAUCUGCUCAUAAAGUUGCUCAGAGAAAUGAAAAUAAAAUAAAUCUGAAAGAAGAAACUGAAAAAGUGAAAAAGAAGAAGAAGAAGAAAAAGAAGCCAAAGGAAUCUGAUGAAGCUCCAAAGCAAAUUGAGUCCAAGAUAACUGUACAAGAGCUACCUCGGCUUGAGGAUGAUGAAGAGUUUCCAGAUCUGGCAUCAGCAGUAAACACUUCUGACAAAACUGGCAAUGAUGGUCAAAGCAAGUUCUAUAGUAGCAAACAGGUUGGGAAAAGACAUUUAGAGGGGUCAGUGGAUAGAGAGCUAGUUUUGCAUGUAACCAGUUCUCACGGUACUACUGAUGGAUCAAUUUGUCUGGAUCAGGACCAGAAGGCAGUUCAGAUUCCGAGGAAAGAAUCCGUUGGAGAAAAUAGGACCACUGAUCCUCUGAAGCACUCUACGGAAGCUCCAAAGAAAAGUGGUAGGAAGAGCAAAAUGCCCAUGCAACUAGAUUUUGGUAACAUGCUGACAGUCCUAGAACAGAAACAGCAAGAGAUGUCAUCCAAACAUGCUCCUAAGCCAGUUGUAUUUGCAGUUGGAGGAGCCUUACCAUUGGUUCCCAAAGAACCCACAGUGAAAAAGCUGCCUCAAAAUUCAAGUCAGGAAAAGAUUCCUCACAAUCCCUUGGACUCAAGUGCUCCUUUAGUAAAGCGAGGAAAACAAAGAGAAGUGCCAAAGGCUAAAAAGCCAACAUCAUUGAAGAAGAUUAUAUUGAAGGAACGAGAAGAAAGGAAACAGCGACGGCUGCAAGAAGAAAUGGGAUUGAUGCCAUUAAGUUGUGAUCAAGAGGGUCAGGCACUCGCUUCGGAUCAGAAUGUAACUCAGGACACAGAAAAAAUCACUGAAUUAAAUGAUUCUACAGAAGAUUUGACUAAUUCUGCACCUUCAUCGCCCUGUCAAAGUGUACAUUCUCUUUCUGAUGCACCAAAAAUUUCUGAGAAAAUUUGGACAAAAAACAUUCUGCCAAAUCCCAGUCAUCGAAAGAUACACAGCAGACGGUUUAGAGAAUAUUGCACUCAAGUUUUGUCAAAAGAAGUUGAUAAUUAUGUGACUGACUUGCUGAAGGAGUUGGUCCGUUUCCAAGAUCGGUUAUACCAAAAAGAUCCAAUUAAAGCUAAGAAGAAACGUAGGAUUGUCAUGGGGCUGAGAGAAGUGCUAAAACACCUAAAACUGAAGAGGCUGAAGUGUGUUAUUAUCUCUCCAAACUGUGAAAGAAUACAAUCCAAAGGUGGCUUGGAUGAAGCAUUGCAUACGAUAAUUGAAGUUGCUCGUGAGCAAGAGAUUCCAUUUGUAUUUGCUCUCAGUCGCAGAGCUCUAGGUCGCUGUGUGAACAAAGCAGUUCCUGUUAGUGUGGUUGGAAUCUUCAGCUAUGACGGUGCUGAGAACCAGUUUCAUCAAAUGGUCGAACUCACUGAGGAAGCUAGGAAAGCAUAUCAAGAAAUGCUGAAUGCUCUCGAGCAAGAAUUAAAGGCCAAUGGAGCAAACUCAGUGGAACCAUCGUGCAGUGUUUCAGAAGAAAAUACUAUUGAAUUAGACAGCAAAAACCCUUCAUCUUUUACUGAACCGAGUGAGCCAGAAUAUGUUACUACUUGGAAAACCUUGCUGAAGAGACAAUGUAAUCCCAACUUGUCAGACACUGAAAACACUCAAACCUCAGAGAGUCUGUUCAGUAACUCAGAAGAAGAAACUGGCGAUUCCAUACAGGCUUUUCCAAAAUCCAUUCUUGAUUUUGAAUGUCAAGCAGCAAUAAGAUGACUAAAUGAACGUUGUUUGAAAUAAAACUCUAAACAUUUUUUGCAGCUCUCAAUCCCAAGGAAGAUUCCACUAUUAUUCAGGAAAUGGUGAUUAAAAUAUACAGCAAAUUGUCACCUCUUUAAAAACAAAGAAUGUACUCAAAAGGGUAAACCUGAAUUAAUUGUCUCUCAUAAUUGAAGCAUAUGAUUGGAAAAAGAAUGAUAUUAAUUGAACAAUAAAGCCCAAGUAAACCUUAUUCAGUAUGAUGAAUAGCUAAAGAUGAGUUUGUUGCCCAGUGAUUACCUCAGCAUUUGGCUCCACUGCAACAGGCAACCUCAAAAUAGUCCCAGAAAUCAAUGUAGUGUUGCAGAUGGUAUAUUUUCUUAGUGCACUUUUCCAAAAUUCAUGUCUUCCUGCCUUAAUCAUCAAGAUGUGGAUUGGAUAGAAUCCAUCUUGUAACAGGAAAAUGAGGAAAUGUUUGGUAGCUGGAAAUUGCAAUAUCCUGGAUAGCAUUAUUGUGAUAUUGCUGAUGUACCCAGACUCCCAUACAAAUUUAUGAAUAAUUACAAAACUGUGGUGACUUUUCAUCUGUUGCAUUAGAUUUACAUAACACAAUGGAGAGACUGGGCAACUCAAUCAUCAACACAUACUUUUACUACUAGUACCAACUCAGGGUCAGAAUAACAUAUCAAAAAUCUUGUACUGUAUCUCAUUAUUUUACAACUCUUUGACCUUGAAUAUUCUGCAAACAAUAAGCAACUUGCCUAUGGUCAUACUAGCUUGGAAACUUUCCCCAAAACUUUCUCUUUGUAAAUGUUCAAAUGAGCAUAACUUAAAUUUAACUAUGUUGAAUCGAUCAGCUGGCCCUUAGCACAAAUUACACUCUAUUUGGCUCCACGAUAAUGCAGUAAUGCAGGUAAUAUCUGAUUUUUUUUUUAACUUUUUGUCAUUAAAUACACAUUGGUUUUGUCAGUGGUUUUCUCAUGAUCAAAAAAUAAUUUCAGUUCUGGAAACGAUUGAAAGAUUGAGUGAGUGAAACGAUUUCUGCAUAAUUUCAAAGUUGUACGCUGACAGCUAUGCAAUUUGUUACCUGUAAUUUUGCAAUUGAGAAAAUGGUAUGCUUAUGUCAAAAUAAGCAAACAAAACGUUUUUCCCCAUAUUUCUAUCCCGUAAUUUCACCAAAGUGCACAUGUAAGUAAAAUUCAAGAAAUAUAUCAUUAACGUAGCAUUCUCUUAGACUUUUACCUUAUGUGGAGUUGGAAUAAAUGGUGAAACUUGAAAAUAAGUUCAGUAAUCUUUCAAGUAAAAAUAGUAAAUGUUGAAAAGGCUCAGCUGGUCAAUGUUUCCAAUAUUUGCUGUUCUUAUUUGGUUCACUGAUAUUUGUUGUGCAAUAUAACACUACUGACUUUUGGGUCCAUUGAAAUUCCAGCUGAUGUUAAAGGAGGUUUCAUGGUGAAGAAUAAAUAGUGUUAUCAAUACCUACUACAUAAAAUGAUUUUGAUGAAGUUGGUGUGAAUAGUUUAUGAUGCUCGAAGCUUGCACUUCCCCUUGCAUAAACUAUUCAAGUUUCAGACCUUGGGAUGUGCAUGAAUGCCAUAAUACUGCGAUACAUAUCUUUAGAAAAUGAAAGUGUCACAAGUUAUAACCUAAACAGUCACAUUAUAAUACUGAUUUAUUGGUAAUUUAACCCAAAGAGUCUUCUAUGUUUAUCAUCAUUGCUUUAGAGAGGAGCUAUGACAUACAACUGAUAACACAUACAUCCAAUAGUACCAUAAAACUAAUUUCAUAAACCAUUGUGUAUGGGAGAUCUAAUGUGAGUUGGAAAUGUUGACUUAUUGAGGUUCAACAAACACUUGCAGUAGAGAUUGGUGAAUUGUGUAAAAAGUUGUUUGCCAUUUAGCUAAGGACGAAUGCUGAACUAAGUGUGCAGAGUAUAAGAGCUAUCAUCUAACCUUUAGCACUACUUUCAGCAGGCAUCUGAUCACUUAUUUAUCUCGAUUAAUUUGGAAAAUUUCUUUGUUUAGAAUUCUAGGAUAUUUUCUGAUUGGUCAGAUCAGCAAUUUGAUGCCAUGGGAUUUUUAAUUAUUACAGUUUUAUUAUCGCAAAGCUGUUGUCCCACUUUUAACUGCUUCACUUUGCUGCAGAUUAUUCAUCUUUGCCUGAAAGGUACAUAAGGCAGUUCAUGGAAGGAAAAUUAUUAGGUUAUUACAUUCAAAAAGUUAAGCUCAAGAGGUUGAUAUUUAAUUUGUAUAAUUUUUUUUUAAAUGGGUUCAGUCAGCUGUUAAUUCAAGUCUUACUCCAGCAUGUUUUAGAACAAUACGUUUUACUUACUAAGUUUUGGAAAAAUGAUGCAACUAAGUGUGUUGAUAAAGUCAGAGAAAGAAUGUUCAUAAGUUGGGUUUGUUUUUAAAGUCCACUUUAAUAUUUUACAGCAGUGGCUUACUGUUAUUGCUAGGAGGCAACAUACAACUCAUUAAACACCUGUUAUGUAUCAUUUUAAAUUACAAUGCUGUUUCAAUUACUUUCUGCAAUGUUUUGAAAAUUGAUAUCUUUAACUUAUCGUUAGUCUCCUUUAAAACACCUAUGAAUAGUUUUACAUGUUUAUUGAGAUAGCAAAUGUUACAUUAUUAUAAAUGAUUAGAUUAUGGGACAGUUCUAUAAUAUUGUAUGUGUUAGGUUAUAGUCAACUCAGUUAAUACGAUCAUAAACUGUCAAGAAAAAAAAUCUAUACUACCACAAGUAUUAUUACUCUCUUAUAGUCAGUGCACAGUAGUUGAAUUAAUUGCCCUACUUCCUACAAAAAUAUCAAACCAAAGAAAAAUAUUUUUGUUCCUUUCUUUUCCUUCCUUUGGCUGAAAACACACAAAAAUAAAAAUGCUUAGCAGAACAGCUGCACAGAGGACAAGCUAGCCAUGGAAUAUUAAAAAUUGUUCAAGACAGCUACUGUUUCUCCAUGCCACUUGUAUCGAAACAUUCUCUCAUUGGUUCAAAUCCAAGACAUGGUUGUAAUGGUGCUUGGGCCUUUUCCAAGUUUGCAAAAUGAAUGUUUGCUUAUUCUUUAAGCAAACAAAAUAUUGUCAAACCAGCUGCAACAAAUAGCUGUAAAUGAGACUUGUGUAAUUUUGCUGCUAUGAUUUUACUAUUGUAAACUGAAUCUAACAACCCCCUUAACAGUUCAGAUUUUCUUUUAAGGGAGAGUACUAUAAUUCUUGCUUGCUUUGUAUUAAGGCCAAAAUAAGCUGUGAUGCAAUAAGAAGUGACUGGGAAUACUGGGCACUGCCUGCUGGUCUGUAAUUCUGGCUUCAUUGAUUUGUUAAAGAAAUUAUUGUAAAACUGUGACUAUUAAUUUAAGUAUAUGUUCUGUAAAUAAUCAAACAAAUUUUAUGCUAUAGAGCAGUUUGAAUUGUUUUUUCAUAAUAUAGAGAAAUAUCAGUACAAAUUUGUUUUGGGAUUUCUUUCAAGGCCUAAUUUAAUUCCAUACUUUAUAAAAGCUAGUUUGAUUAUACAUGAUUGUUAAAUUCUUAGUUUAUAGAUUUCUAUUGAGUAAAACUCUAAUGUUGCUGCUUUUGAAUAUUUUUGAAAAAUAAACAUUUUGAUUCAA